GCGCGCGCUCCCCGGGGAAGAGCAGGGGCGGCGUGGGAGGCUGGAGCCGAGUGUGAACCUGAGGAAGGAGCGGGGCCAGCGCGCAGGCCCGGAACCGCCGGAGCCGGGGCUGCCGGCGACGCCCCAGAGCGGAAGAGGGAAGUGAAGGCACCAGGCUGCGGGUUCCUGUCUGACUGGGCUUGCUAAGGUAGAGGCAGCACGGAGAAGAGGCCUUUGCCACCGCUCCGGAUCGGAGAUGUCGAAGAACACGGUGUCGUCGGCCCGGUUCCGGAAGGUGGACGUAGAUGAGUACGACGAGAACAAGUUCGUGGACGAAGAAGACGGGGGCGACGGACAGGCGGGGCCCGACGAGGGCGAGGUGGACUCCUGCCUGCGGCAAGGAAACAUGACAGCUGCCCUGCAGGCAGCUCUGAAAAACCCCCCUAUCAACACCAAGAGUCAGGCUGUGAAGGACCGGGCAGGCAGCAUUGUCCUGAAAGUGCUCAUCUCUUUUAAAGCUAAUGAUAUUGAAAAGGCAGUUCAAUCCCUGGACAAGAAUGGUGUGGAUCUCCUAAUGAAGUAUAUUUACAAAGGCUUUGAGAGCCCCUCUGACAAUAGCAGUGCUGUGUUAUUGCAAUGGCAUGAAAAGGCACUUGCUGCUGGAGGAGUGGGGUCCAUCGUUCGAGUGUUGACUGCCAGAAAAACCGUGUAAUCCAGCAGGAGCUGGAUGUCUCCUGUGGGUGUGGGAAUUGCUGGUACAAAGACCAAAACAACCAAAUGCCACAGCUGCCCUUUGGGUAGCAUCUAUUUCUCUCAGCUUUGCCUUCUUGCUUCCUCUUUCAUAUCUAUAAAGAAGAAAAUUACAUAUCAGUUUUCCUUUAAUGAAAAUUGGGAUGACAUAGAGGGAAUGUUUCAACAGAAGUGUUUCAUGCUCUCAAAACUAUUUCAGUGAUGUGUAUACCAAUCUGUAUAUAGUAUAAUUUACAUUCACGUUUAAUUGUGUAAUUUCUAACCCCUUAAUUGGCUGGCAUUUUUUGUUUUUCUGUUUUUUGUUUUUGGUUUUUUAGUUUUGUUUUUAACUAAUAGUGAUCUAAAUUGGAUGCUGGUUUCCUAACUCGUUGCUAGCCAGGAAAUGACUCUUAUAAAAAAUAUUUUUCAGAGACUGGCAGCUAUUAACAUUGCAAAACUGGACCAUACUUCCUUUAUUUAAGCAAAAUGUGUUUCUGGGACAAGUGGUGGGUGAGCACCACUACCGCGUUCCAGUUUUGUUUCUGCUUGCCUCCAGAUCAUGUGAGUUUAAGUAUGCUUCUUCCUCUCAGCAUCCAAUAAUCAUGGCCUCUCGAUUUCUUUGGUCACCAGGGUCCAGAGCAAGGAGUCUUGCUCUAUGCAGAUGUAUCUAUAAAAUACCAGAGCCUUUUUGGCAUGAGCAUAAAACUUUGUUUCAAUUAUGUGGCCCUAUUUGGAGAAACUACUCCAAAUCAGAAAGGACAUGGAAACUAUGAUGUAGUUCAAACUCUGGGCGGCCUCCGAAUGAAAUGAUACUUCCCAUAGAGCUAUAGUAGCUGCCUUAGACAUUAUGAGGUAUAUAACCAGUAUUUAAUAUGCCCUAUAAAUGUCUUCAGUGUUCUUCAGGGUAAUUGGGAUCUCAAAAGAUUUGGUUCAGAUCCAAACACGCACACAUUCUGUAUUUUAGCUCAGUGGUUUAAAAAAAAAAAAAAUGCCACGCAGGAAAAAAGUGUUUACUUUGUUGGACAAACCAAAUCAGUUCUCAAAAAAAAAAAAAAAAAUGACCGGUGCUUAUAAAAUAUUAUUCAGUAGCUCCAAAACAAACCACCUGAAUGCAUAUGACCAAGAGGGAAAUCAGCCUGUGUAUAGUAUUUACCUUGGACACCAGUUUCAUAAUCACUGACAUGUGAAAACUGGUGCAGAAAUCCUAUAAGCUCUGCUGUUUUUGAUACCUGCCUUUUGUUUUGUUUUGUAAAAAUGAUAAAGUUCGGAAAAUAAAAUGUCAGUGUUGAAUAAUU